CACACACACACACACACACACACACACACACACACACACACACACACACACACUCCCAGGUCAGUCAAGGUAACACUUCAAAAGGUAAUCCCCCUAGUUUACAUUAUCAGGUUGAAGAAGGUCCAGCUCCAGCCCCUCCUUUGAAGGGCCAGGUCACUGUCCUCGUAAAAGCCUGUGGUCUCAAUUUCUACGACAUCUACGUCCGACAUGGCCUUAAUCCCGAGAUUCAGCCUCCGUGUACUCUAGGCCUUGAAUGUGCAGGUGUGAUAAGUGCUGUGGCUGAGGAUGUGCAGUCAUUGAAGGUUGGUGAUCAUGUAGCUGUGCAUUGCCCCCAAGCUGGAGCCUGCACACAGCAGAUAACAGUUGAUGAAGAGUCGGUAAUAGUCGUUCCGAGAGAUAUCAGCUUUGAGGUGGCAGCGUCAUUCACAAUUGCCUACCAGACAGCUUAUUUUUCCCUUUUUCACCUUGGGGGACUCCGGCCUGGAGGAGCUGUGUUCAUUCAUAGUGCUGCAGGGGGUGUUGGAUGGGCAGCAACACAGCUUGCCAAAACCAUACCAAAUGUUACGGUCUUGGAACAGCCUCAGUCAAAACAUGAGGCUAUGCAAGAGAAUGGAGUAGACUAUGCCAUCCACCAUGGUCAGGAUUAUGAAAGAGAAAUCUUAAAGGUCCGACCUCAAGGUGUCAGCAUUGUCUUGGACAGCUUGGCAGGGGCCGAAUUUACCAGAAGUCAGAACCUUUUGGAACCUCUGGGCAAGGUGGUGCUAAUAGGAGCCAAAGGAAUGAUGAGGGGGAGCAUCCAGUCUGCUUGUAUUCUGAAACCUGGUGGAACACAAAAAAUGUCUCUCCUCAGUCUCUCAUCAUGA